GUUAGAGAAGAAAAAUAUGUAAUUUUUCUUUCAAAAUUCGUAUUACCCGUAAUUUUACUUUGAUAGGUUUUCCGUCAAAAUGUCGAGUAAAGCAAGUAGCAUAAUGCUUAACUUGGUCCGCAAGUUCUUGUACAAGGAAAUGAAUAAGCAAAUUUCCUCAGAAGGUCCAAGCGAACAUUUAACAAACGAGAAUCGUAUUCUACCUUACAGAUACUGGAGAAUGGAUGAAACCAUCAAGAACAAUAAGGUGGUUGUCGCAAAAUUAGUUGAAUGGAUUAAACAUCAAAAUAAGCCUGGUAUAUGGAAAAAAAUUGACCUGACUCAAGAAUAUGGAAAUCAACUGUGUAAAAUGUUGACAAGAAAGAACAUAGAUUUGUGUAAAAUCUAUAAUUCUUCGAAUCGUUUCACAAAUCCCAUACGAUACGAUGAAACUGGAUCAAAAACAACUCAUACAUCUGAUAUAUGUAACGAUGAACUUUUAAAAAAAAUACUAGAAGAUUUUACUAAAUAUGUGACUAAAGGAUAUAUUGCUGCAUCUACGAAUAAUCGAGAAGAGACAAAAGUCAAUAAAAUAAGUCUGUAUAGAAAGAAGGACACAAACGAAAGCCCAAUUUCUGAUCUGUUUUUGUCAACAGUAAAUAAUCUGCCCGAUUAUAUAAAGAAAAAUAAGAAGAAGUGCACUGUUGAUAAUCGUUCAGAAAUUGAAUCGAUUGAGAAGAUAACGAUUGACACCAAUAAUAGCGACAACACGAAAGCAGAUCAGAAAUGUAUACGUAAGUCUCCGGAAGAGAUUGCCAUUUCAUCAAAUGAAAUGAUAAAAAUUUUUCAAAAAAGAAAUGUUAUAAAAAAAAUAGAUAAUAUAUAUCAGCUAACAGAGCGCUAUGAUGAGUUGAAUAUCGAAGUGAAUAUGCCUAAAAAUGCUUCCUCAGUCACUGCUAGGCGUAUAAAAAUGAAAGAAAGCAAAUCUAUCUCAGAACUUAUUACUGGUAUAAAGUUCUUAUAGAAGAUUACUUAUCAUUUCCAAAUGGCUUAUUUCGAACUCUCAAAAUCUUCAAAUAUUUUCCAGCCUAACUGUAGAGAUUGCGAUUACGAACAUGCGAAUGACUAGUGGGUGAUUUCUUUUUGUUCAUAUUCCAUGGAGUCAAUCGAAAAACUUACAAUGGCGUUCUUCCAAAUAAUAUGUAUUUUGUUUUA